GCACAAAUCGUUUUCUUGCCUUCUCUCUCGAACGCGAUCGCCAUAGCCAUAGCCAUAGCCAUAGCCAUUGAGCUCUCUCUCUCUCUCUCUCUCUCUCUCUCCAGUUCCUCUCUUGACUCUCCAUACCGCUCUGCGUCUCUCUCUCGCACUCAAUGUCGAGAGAGAACUGCACAAUCGAGACAAGCGAUGGAGUCCACCUCGACGCUCGGGUGUACAAGCCGACCACAACAGCAACAUCGAGCUGGGAGAGCAAUUGCGCAAUAGUGACCGUACAUCCAUAUUCAAUAUUGGGAGGCUGUCAAGGAUUGAUGAGAGGCAUUGCUCGUGGACUCGCCGACAGAGGUUUUCUAGCUCUCACCUUCGACAUGAGAGGCGUCGGUAGAUCCACCGGCCGCCCUUCGCUCACCGGAUCUUCCGAAGUCCGCGACAUCGUUUCCGUCUGCAAAUUUGCUUCCCAAAAUCUCUCUGUCAAUCGCAUUCUCUUGGUCGGUUCCUCUGCAGGUGCCCCAAUUGCUGGAUCUGCUGUUGAUCAGGUAGAGGAAGUCAUUGGUUAUGUCAGUCUGGGCUAUCCUUUCGGUCGCCUUGCCUCCAUUCUCUUUGGAGGUCACCACAAAGCUAUUCUACAAUCUCCUAAACCGAAGCUUUUCGUAAUGGGGACUCGGGAUGGGUUCACAAGCAUUAAACAGCUGGAGAACAAAUUAAAAUCGGCAGCUGGCCGUGUUGAAACUCAUCUGAUUGAAGGAGUUGGCCACUUCCAGAUGGAGGGGCCUGCUUAUGAUGCUCAGAUGGUCAAUCUGAUUAUAGGUUUCAUCAGCUCAUUAUUGGAUCCCGGAAGCUGAGAAACUCUGUACGAUAUGAUCUCAUCAAGGCCUAGGUAUUGUGCGUUGUAGACAACACUUUCUUUGAUUCUUGGUGGUGUGUAUAUAAGGCCAAUCAAUCCUACAAAAUGGGAUGGGAUAAACGUGAGAUGUGGGGCUAUCCAUCAGUCUCUGCUUUAUGCUUAUUAGCUUAAUUAGGUGCUCUUUCGAUUGACAGAGGAAUAUGAUUGGCUUUAAUACAAACAAAGCUUCAAGUUAA